UCGUUGCAUUGUGGGGUGGCUUGGUGAUGCCUGCUAUGAUAAAGUCAUUUGUGGCAAAUCCUUGCCACUCAGGAAUAAAUAGCAGUCGAGAUGUCUGAUACGAUCGGUGAUUAUUGAUUUCAAGAUGAUAAUUACAGCGCCUAGAACGAAUUAAUUCAAGGUUUCUCUUCCAAGUUACUUGCAACUGGCGUUUCUUAUCAAUGUUUGAGAGAUGGUGCAGGAAUAUCAAUCACCCGUUAGGGUGUACGAGCACCCAUUUGAACUUGUUAUGGCGGCUUAUGAGAAGAGGUUCCCUACAUGUCCAAUGAUACCAGCAUUCCUUGGCAGUGAAACUGUUCAUGAAUACAAAAGUGAUGAUGGUGCUAUCCAUAUCAUUGAAAGGAAAUGUAAACUUAACGUUGAUGCACCAUACCUUGUCAAAAAGAUUGCUGGUGUGGACUACGUAUACUUUAUUCAAAGAAACAGUUUGAAUCGAAGAGACAGGACUCUGAAGAUUGAAGCAUGGAACGAUAGCUUUGCAAGCCGAGUUGAAAUCAAAGAGCACUGCUACUACAGCGUGCACCAAGAAAAUCCUAGCUGGACUGUGUUUGAACAAGAUGCUAGUCUUGAUGUGAAAAACUUUUUCGGAUUCGAAAGUGCUGUUGAGAAGCUGGCAAUCAAAGCGUACACAAAUAACCUCAAAAAGGGAAAAGAGAUUAUACUUCACUAUAUUAAAGAACUGAUCAGCCAGGGCGUAACGCAUAUACCGCCGUUUGAGUCAUCGAAGGGUCGCCCCAGGCUUCUCAGCACUGUUGAGAAACAGAGCUCCAUCGAAAGACCUGAUCUUGAGGAGACUAUUGAGAGCGAGGCUGAAGACCAACCCGAGGAACCUACAUUCCAACCACCAGCAACAGAAAUUCACCCUGAAACUAUACAGGAAGCUGUUGAGCCCCCACCUUUGCAGGAGUAUAAACUAGAGGACAGCUUCAUUGAGCGAUAUCUUGGUCACCUGUCUCUUAUUGAAGAGAGCACCCUCAUGAAGCUUCGAAGAAAAGUUGCAGCAACUCACCAAGGAAAGAUGCCUGAUGAUGCUGUAAUGCUGCGAUUUCUGCGUGCUAGGGACUGCAAUUUAGAAAAGGCUUUUGAAAUGUUACGGAACACUCUUCACUGGCGGCGGCAGCAUCACGUGGACACUAUUCUACAAACAUGGAGCCCUCCUCCGGAGCUGAUAGAGUAUUAUCCUGGUGGCUGGCAUAAAUACGACAAAGACAGCCGACCCAUCUAUUUAAUUCGACUCGGGACAAUGGAUAUAAAGGGGCUUCUGAGGUCUGUUGGCGAGGAAGGGUUUGUGAAACAGGUUGUGUCAAUAAAUGAAGAGGGUUUAAAAAAAUGCGAAGAAGCAACGCGGAUAUUUGGCAAGCCUGUGACGUCAUGGACGUGCCUUUGUGAUUUGGAGGGGCUCAGUAUGCGACAUCUUUGGAGACCUGGCGUAAGAGCGAUGCUGAAUAUCAUAGAAGUAGUUGAAGCAAAUUAUCCCGAAACUAUUGGACGUUUGUUGCUUGUCAGAGCACCUCGUGUGUUCGGUGUUGUGUGGACGCUGCUCAGUCCGUUCAUAGACGAAAACUCAAGAAAGAAAUUCUUGAUUUAUAGCGGCAACGAUUACCAGGGUCCUGGAGGACUUGCAGACUAUAUACCUGCAGAAUAUAUUCCUGGUUUUUUAGGAGGAGAUUGUGAGUGUGACGUGGUGGAAGGAAAAACGGUUCCUAAAGCAUUUCACAGAUUUCACAACAUUGGCGAAGGAGGCGAGUCAAGUUGGCUUGGGUCCGAUUUAUAUCAGACUGCACAAGUACUGAAAGGUUCUCCUCACGAGGUUAUGAUAACAGUAUCUGAGGCCGAAUCAGUAAUCACAUGGGAUUUUGACGUCAUCGAUGGUGACACAAUGUUCACAGUUCUGAGACAUAAGAGACCUCGUGAAGCAAGCCUUAAUAACGUCACAACUAGUGGAUGUCUCGGAGAAUCGAUGACAUCGAGAUUGUCAGGAAUAAGGCCUGGUAUUGAUGCUGUUGUUGUUGAACGACCAAUUCUUUGCACGCAAGGAGAAUCCGUCCAAGGUACGCACAUAUGCACACAGCCUGGGGUGUUUAUCCUUCAAUGGAAAUACUCAUCACAGACAACCCCCUCAAGAGGUGCCCCAAGAAUCAUGCACAAAACCAAGGUUAUGUUCUACUACGAAAUUCUACCGUCACGCGAGUUCAGGAAAUACAGCAUGUUUGGAAUCUCUAGCAAUAAUUCGGAUUUUAAUGAAAAUCUCCUCGCAAGCUCAAAGACUAAUCGAGGCUCAAUGUCAAGUUUGGAAUCGAGUCAAAGCGCUUUCUCGCAGUUGAGUAUAGGCACAGCAACAACCUUGUCGUCAGGUGCCAGUGCGGCUACGAAUACUUCUUCAGUCUCAAGGUAGCAGCUCAGUAAUUAAUUCAAGUUCUCACUGCGUUUUGCCUAUCUUUUGUACACCGUAAAUUCUAGUGUCAUGGCGAAUACUUAAAUUCAAAUCGUUUGUUUGAUUUGCUGCCAUGGUUUAAUUUCCACCUGGCCUUUCUUUUUCGACAAUCUUUUAGAACAAAUCCAAUUAAAACAAGAAUAGAUUGGACUAUUAACCCACCAUCUUUUAUUUCUGUUUCUAGUGGGCUUAUUUCGACCGAUAUUUAUUAAACUAUUAUUGCAAAAUAACAUAUCCCAAUUGUUCCAAGGGUAGUGGAUUCAAGUAUUAGAAGAUACUACGAAUGUAAUCUUAUGUCAUUUACCAAAACAAGUGCUACUAGGUUUAAGCCUUGUGGGAGCUAGUUCAAAACGUUCCCAGAAUACUUUUGUUCCAGCAGGAAGAUCAUCUGCCCUCUUCUAUUACUCUUAAUACUUGAGUUAAUCGACUCCGAUUCUAGCCAAAACCGAAAGUCUCUAUCACAUGAGUUUAAUAUCACGAUACUGAAGAACUUUAGUAUAAAUUCAACAAAGUUAUACAGAGUUACUCUUAACGUAUAUAUAAAUAUAUAACAUUAAUAGUUACUUUAUAUACGAACAGUAUAUUGCAAGUUAAAACAGUUAUUUUGAGUCGUGGACUCUCAUUUAAUGAUCAUAAUGGAUGCUGGGGACAAUAGAUAAUAACUACUUGAUGGAGUGUUUGCACUGUCGUCCGAUGGAAUGUUUACAUUGGCAUUUUUAUAUAAAUUCCUGUUUGAGAUUUAGAUUCAUCUAGUAUUCGUAAAUUCUACCUUUUGAAAACCUCGUCUUUUUUAUGAUAAUUAUAAAUGCAUUUGAAGUUUCCUCGUUUCUUAAAAAUUGAUAAAUUCUUGCUUUAAAUUGUUCUUUUACAUCUUCAAUGCUCGUGUUAGCUGUUUUCCGUAAUCCCUAAUAGUUAUAUUGGGUCGAAAAGAAACAGUUUAAUAGAAACAGUCUGCUACCGGCUACAGGAAAAGUCUGAACCGUCUGACACGAGUUUUUCUGGAAAUGAAAUAUGUAUUGAAAACGCUUCUUUGUCAAAUGACCUAGCUUUUCGUCGUAUAUGAACAUCUACGUGGCUUAACACUAGAAAUGCUUUAAGCAUCGCCAGGUUAUAGAUUUCUGUGGCCUCGCAGUCACUUUUUCAUUGCUAUAGUUACAACACCAUUCAAAUGCGAUAAUGUUGAGGGUAUUUUAAAUGGUCGUUGGUAUAGCAAACCUAAUUUUGUUUGCUCGUCGUCUAAGCAGAGCCACUUUUGUUUGAGUGUGCUAAAUUCACGAAAGUUAGGUGCCACGCCCUUUUAUGUACAAUGACAUUAUUCAUAAAAAAUAAGGACUUUGCCGGAUUUGAGGGUCGUUAAAGGUCCAUAUUAUUGAGUAACAAAUUUUAGAAUGAGUAGCAUUGCUUAGCCUCACUAAAUCUGAAUCAUGCCCCCAUUUUUCCGGCAAAUUAUACAGCUAUGUUGCAAAAUGUUCUGACUUUAAUUUGCAACCCCCCCCCCUCCCAACUUUCCAACUUGUGUCAGAGCCCCUGUAAGAGAUACGGGGUCUACAACGUCAUAUUACGAAAUACCACGUCUUAUUACGAAAGAGUAACACUUCUAAAGUAUCAUGUUUUGAACGAGUUUGAAUCGUUUAUUAGAACUGAGAUUUGUUAUCAAAUAAUCAAGGCAAACUAGUCGGGUUUUCAUUUUACUUCGUCUAUGUUUGCAUUCUAAGUAUAUUUGACUUUUUUAAAAUGACAAUUUAACAAUUUAAUAUUCAUAACUUAUAUUUCUUAAGCAGCAUUGAUGACAAAAUAUGUUUGAAAACCUAAAUUAGAGUGUAUCUUAGUAAAGCAAUGUUUUUAGAGAAUGUAGAUGUCGAAAGCCAUACUGGGAUUUAGCUAUGGCUUGUUACCCUGGGUACAAGAGCCUCAAGAAACUUGUAAUAAAGUUUCGGAACUAUAUUUCUGUGACUAAAUUAUGGAUACUCUGGCACCCAGGGUAAUGGCUUGUAUUCUGCGGCCCAAUAGCCUCUUCUAAUAUUAUAAUUGUUAUUAAUUUGCUUCUAGAUGUUUGUUGCUCCGAAAAAUAUUCGAUAUAAUAGGAUCACUUAUAUUGUUGUGCUAAUUUACAGGGGUUCAACUGUGCUACAAUAUCAUUGUUUUACCUCUUCUUUCUGUCUUGGAACUCGUUAAUAGCAUGUUCCAUAUGUUAAGAGAAACCCAAGGCCACUUCGCAUGUUUUUCAUCCUUUUUGUCGCCCAUACUUAAGAUAUUUCAGACAACAUCAUAUCUCCAGUCUUUAUUCUUGUGUGACUACCUCGCUACUGAGCCCAUACAUUUAUUAAAAGUUUCCAGAAAAAGAAAAUGGAAGAAAUAACUUCCCGAAGAUACUCAACAAGACACUUUCAAAGAAACUUUGUCAUUAUCUUUUGGUAGUCCGUUUCUGAGUUGGAAAUAUUCCCAGAUUUCUUAAUCACAUAUCUUUCUCGUUAAGCUGUAGCCACGUAUCGUAUUUAUUUUUUAUCAGUAUUUUAUGUCCAUUUAUGUUGUUGUUGGAAAAAUGAAAUGAUAACCAUGAUCAAAGAAACAA